GCUUUUUGGUUGAAGUAGGAACCAUUUAAUCUGAGUCUUUAUGGAAACUAAAUGUGUAAUAACCAGAAUACGUCUUUAAAGAUAAAGGUUAUAACGUUUUUAUCCAUAUAUCUCCAGGAAAUAUAUUGUUUAGGGUAUGACAAGCAGCUAUUAAAUCGGACGCUGAAGUUAGCAUCGGAUUCGUGUUUUUUUAUAGCAUGCUAUUUUUUCAUGACAACAGCUGAUGAUCACAUUUGAUCAACCAAACUUUGACUAAACUAAUUUUUACAAAUACUUUAAAGAGCAAUCAAAUCUCUCGUUUGGUAGAAAUGUGGAGCUCCUGUUCAGCGCUAGUCUUUGCUGUGGCGGCAUCGACCUUCACACCAGUUUACGUGCUGGAGUCCUGCCAGACUUCUGAUCUGGACUGCGGCCGCCAUGAGGGCGGCGCAUCAGACAGUCGCUCCUCAGCGGAAAUGGCCCAGAUGAGGUGGAAAGAGGCUGGUUCAAAUCUCACUCAGCACCUGGAGCUGUUCAGGUUAUCCUCCCAGAAGCUUAUUGAGGCAUUACCAGUGGAUGAGAUCGACAGCAACCUUGUUCGCACCGUGAAGAGCUGCGUCUUCUCCAAGUCCAACCCGACUCCACUGAGAGGCUCUCUGAGACUGGCAGCGGUUUCCAAGGACGUCAUCGAAGGGAUCUUGGAUGUAGACAUGGAGGCGACGCGUUCUGAGGACUUCCUGCUUUAUGUGAGUGGAGCCAAACUGCUGCCUGGUUCUGUCCCACUCGCUCACAGAUAUGGAGGUCAUCAGUUUGGCUACUGGGCAGGACAGCUGGGUGACGGCCGAGCACAUUUACUGGGUCAGUAUUUAAACAGGAAGGGGGAAACCUGGGAGCUUCAGCUUAAAGGAUCUGGGAAGACUCCAUAUUCAAGGUCUGGAGAUGGCCGAGCUGUGAUCCGCUCCUCGGUCAGAGAGUUCCUCUGCAGCGAGGCCAUGCACUUCCUGGGGGUUCCCACAAGCAGGGCCGCCAGCCUGAUCGUUAGUGAGGAACCAGUGCUGAGGGAUCAGUUCUAUAAUGGAAAUGUGAAAACAGAGAGAGCAGCUGUGGUGCUCCGGGUGGCCAAGUCCUGGUUCCGAUUCGGAUCCUUGGAAAUUCUGGCUGAAAAUGGAGAAAUCCAUAUUUUGAAAAAGCUACUAAAUUUUGUUAUUCGGGAACAUUUCUCCUGGAUCCCUUGGAAUGACCCAGAUAGAUAUUUGGUGUUUUAUUCAACAGUUGUGACUGAAACAGCCCAGCUGAUCGCUCAGUGGAUCUCCCUGGGGUUUGCUCAUGGGGUUUGCAACACGGAUAACUUCAGCCUUCUGUCCGUCACCAUAGACUACGGACCCUUUGGCUUCAUGGACUCCUAUGACCCCAAUUUUGUUCCCAACUCCUCAGAUGAUGAAGGAAGAUACAGAAUAGGAGCUCAGGCUGAGGUUGGCUUGUUCAACCUAGAGAAGCUCUUGGUGGCCCUGAGUCCUGUGCUCACACAGGAACAGAAGAAACAGGCAAAAACUGUUCUAAAAGGGUAUCCUGACAUCUACAGGAUGAGGAUUCACCAGUUAUUUAAAGCCAAACUGGGGCUUCUUGGAGAGGAGGAGGAAGAUGAACACCUUAUUGUCUUGUUGCUUAAGAUGAUGGAGGACACCAGGUCAGACUUUACUAUGACAUUCAGGCAGCUUAGUGAAGUUUCAUUUGAUCAGCUUCGCAUCAGGAACCUCACACAGGCAUGGGCUCUUGAAGACCUGUCAUCGCACAAGCUAUUUUCUGAUUGGCUCAUUAUGUACCUGCAGCGGCUAAGCAGGCCACAGAGGGAAAAUGAUCUUCAUCGUCAGCAGAGGAUGAAGGGUGUGAAUCCCAGAUAUGUGCUGAGGAACUGGAUGCCAGAGUCUGCAAUCAGGAAAGCCGAGGAGAACGACUUCUCAGAGGUGGAGCUGCUGCACCACAUCCUGUCAUCUCCAUAUGUUACACAAGUCUCUGCAGAGAAGGCAGGCUAUGCAGCAAGGCCUCCUUUGUGGGCAAAUAGGUUAAAGGUCAGCUGUUCAUCAUAAGUUGAAUUGAGAAAAACACAAACUCCAAAUAAAUUAGAAGGCUACUUAAAAAAAGAACUUUACGUCAGCAAUUCAGUUCCAGAUGUGAAACACUGUUUGAUUGAUACAUACUGUGAUAUAUUAAUCUAAUUGUAUUUGUUGACAUU